CCGGGAAUUGUAGUUCCGGAAGCCAAGCUGGGGCGCGCGGAGGUAUGUGGCCCCGAGUGCUGCUUGGGGAGGCCCGGGCGGCUGCUGGCGGAUACGGUGCUGUCUUGUCUCGCUUCGCCGUGCGUUUCUCUCCGCCAUGGACUGCUGGAAGCGGCUUACCCCUGCGGAGGAGCCUGCAUGGAACUGCUCCGCGAGCUUUCCCGCUCAUCCCCAUAGUGGUGGAACAGACGGGUCGAGGCGAGCGCGCUUAUGACAUAUACUCGAGGCUCUUGCGGGAACGCAUCGUGUGCGUCAUGGGCCCGAUUGACGACAGUGUCGCCAGCCUGGUCAUCGCUCAGCUGCUGUUCUUACAGUCUGAAAGCAACAAGAAACCCAUCCACAUGUACAUCAACAGCCCGGGUGAGCGGGGCCUGACCUGGUUGGGGCUCGGGAAUAUCUACUCUCCGGAGAAUAGUUUGCUGGAACAGAACUGGGGUGGAGGAGGAUCCUACUGGACCCUGACUUGCUCACUGCCUGCAGGUGGCGUGGUGACUGCGGGCCUGGCCAUCUACGACACAAUGCAAUAUAUUCUGAACCCCAUCUGCACAUGGUGUGUAGGACAGGCUGCCAGCAUGGGCUCCCUGCUCCUCGCUGCUGGCAGCCCAGGCAUGCGCCACUCACUGCCCAAUUCCAGAAUCAUGAUCCACCAGCCCUCUGGAGGUGCCAGGGGCCAAGCCACAGACAUCGCCAUCCAGGCAGAGGAGAUCAUGAAGCUGAAAAAGCAGCUGUACAACAUCUACGCCAAACACACGAAGCAGAGCCUGCAGGUGAUCGAGUCGGCCAUGGAGAGGGAUCGCUACAUGAGCCCCAUGGAGGCCCAAGAGUUUGGCAUCUUGGACAAGGUCCUGGUGCACCCACCUCAGGAUGGGGAGGAUGAGCCAGAACUGGUACAAAAGGAGACUCCCACAGCACCGGCCGACUCUCCUGCCCCAGCGAGUACCUAGGGCCUGACCUCAUCGCUACUCCGUCUGCUGAGCCCAGAGGUACCCUGGAGAAGAUGUGGAUUGAGGCUGCCCUCCGGCCUGAGACACUGUGACUUUACAUUAAACCUUUGUGGUUUUUGUCCCA